CGGUUCCCAUCCCAUGGGAGCUGUGUCUGUGUUCGGGGGUGGGUCUCGCGUUGUACGACAUACAGACAGCCAUCAUACAGGAAGCGCUGGAACCGCAGAGCAUUCUGGGAAACACCGGACGUCACUCUUGUCAACAGAAGAUAGAGUCUAUUUGCCAUGAUGGAUAAACAAAAAAAGGAUUUGCAACCUUAUGCACUAGUGACUGAAAAGCCUCCAACAUUUCGGAUACCCAAGAAGAAAGACGAAAGUUGGUCUGAAGAUGUUCCCCAGAAUUCCCCGUUAUCUAAAAUAACUGAGUCUGACUUCAGGAAUGUAACCACAAGAAAGAAGACCUGCUCGUCUUAUAAUUUAUUCAAUAAGACGCGCAAUAAAGAGUCCUGUGAAUAUUACAUGUCAAAAUGUGGAUCACACAGUUCUAGCAGUAUUGGACCACUAAAGAAAACAUCACCACCCUACAACAUGUGUCCUGAAAAAAGACUUUCAGUUGAGAGGAAAGAUGAAGUUAUGUUAGAGUCACCACCCAGCAAAGCAUGCCAGGAUGUCAGCAAUAAGCCAGUUUCUCCCCGGAAAGAUGCUAGUGUGUGGGGGAAUAAAACAAGAAAUCCUGACCAAGGAAUUCAGAGUCCACAAGAAUUGUCCAUAUUAGAAUGUAAAGAUCAUCUCAAAAAGGCUACUACUAGGAAAGUUAUACAUGAAAAAAAUGAUUGCGAUAAACAAACAGAAGAGCUGAUCUCAGUGGGAAAUAACUCAAAAGAGACCAGCAGUCAGCGGGAUCCUACUGCCCAGGUCAAACCGUGCCCUAAACGCUUUAAAAAUACUUCAACUGACAGGCCUUCACUGGGAGCUCCUCGUGUGGAUGGUGAUAGUGAGAGGCCGUGCAAGAGAAAACUACACUUAAAACAUUGCAGCAAUGAAAGUUCCUCAUCAUCUGAACCAAUUGUUCUUUCCAGUGAUGAAGAGGCAAGUAGCAAAAAAAAUGCAUUUCCUGUUCCUUAUCGAUCUCCUCCAUCUGAGACUGCAGUAACUCAGGAGUCCUCUAAAAAGGGAACAGAGCUUAAUAACAAGGCAGAGUGUUCAGUAAUGGAAAUAAAAUACAUGUAUGUCUACUUUGGCAAUAAGAAGGCAAGAUCAACUGGCUGUGUAAAGUUUUCACACAAAUCUAUCACUAUUCCUCUGAAAGGUGUCUGUCUGACUGUGGAUACAAGUAAACUGCUCAGAUAUGGAUUGUGGGUGAAAAAUGGAGGAGAUUCUCUGGAAGGCCAAGCCAUCAUCUUUUUGUGGGUAGAUAAAGAUCAUGCACAAUCUCUCAACAAACAGACUGAAGCCAAUACCAACAUACUAACUGCUAAAACCACAGAAUUUAUAUUUCUUGAGUUAAAUAAUAUUCCCACCAAAAGUGAGCAGGCUCAGUUGAUUGAGAUCAUGAAGAGAGCAAGUAAACACGGCUCAUCUUCUCUAGCGCAGAUUUUUUCCUGGGAUGAUGCUUACCCAAUGCUGAAGGAGCUGUGUCCUGAACAGAACUCAUUUAUGUCAAGUUGUUUUUUUGAUUUCCACAUGACACGACGGCAGGAGCAUCAUUUGAGCCCUCGAUCUGUACCAGAGAGAGACGUGGAUACAGAACAAAAUCCUAAGGGUGUAAAGGAAAAGCCUGCUGAAAAGCCUGCCCCUUCUUACAGUCUUUUGCAUCGAUCUCAAAAUGGUCGUUUGUCUUUUUCAUUGACUCCUAAGCAAGAUCAUAGCUGGAGGCCAAUGCAGAAUGGAGGAUCUCUUCAAAAGUUACUUGUGUACCCUCCUCCACCAACCAAAGGAGGUCUGUGGGUGACAAAUGAAGAUUUGGAAUGUCUGGAACAUGGAGAAUUCCUUAAUGAUGUGAUUAUUGACUUUUAUCUCAAAUUCCUGUUAUUGGAAAAAUUUCCCAGAGUAUUUGCAGAAAAAUGUCACAUUUUCAGCAGUUUCUUCUUUAAGUGUUUAACGAGAAAGGAUGUGGGCUUAGAUGACAACAAAACAACUUUAACUUCAGCACAACGUCGACAUCAGAGAGUGAAAACCUGGACUCGCCACAUUGAUCUUUUCUCUAAGGAUUUUGUCUUUGUGCCAGUUAAUGAAAAUUCUCAUUGGUAUCUGGUGGUCAUCUGUUUUCCUGGGUUAGAAAAAGCUGUUUAUGAAGAUUCAGACAAACCUAUCUCCACUACCCUUCAGUCUCAGGAAACCAGAAUCCCCUCAAGCAGCACAUCAGUCAUUGUGCUAAAUGACCGCAUCAUCAAAGAAUAUGAACACAGUUCAGAUGCUAAAGGAAGCCACUGCCAGUCUCCUUCCAAGACAUCCAUCCCAAGCGUGAAAUGCAAGCAUACGACAGAAAGGAUCCGCUUUCGGAAAAUAUUGAAAAGAUCCUGCUUCCUCAUCUUUGAUUCUUUAACAACACCCUCUGUCCCAUCUACCAUACAUGUUUUAAGAGAAUAUCUAAGAGUAGAGUGGGACAUGAAAAAAACAAGUGCUCGAGAAUUCAACAGCUCGAAUUUCACAGCUAUUCAUCCUAAAGUUCCAAAGCAGGACAAUAGCACAGACUGUGGCCUAUACCUCUUGCAAUAUGUGGAGAGUUUCUUCCUGAAACCAAUUGACAACUUUGACCAUCCAAUGCACUUGGAAGAAUGGUUCCCUCUUUCUGUAGUGAAGAAUAAAAGAGAAGAGAUUAGAGACUUAAUUCUACAACUGCAUUUGAAGCAGAUGUCUUAAAAGCUAAUUUGACAUAAACACUGCACUGUGUACAGACAAACAUUAGCCCAAUAGGGUGCUACCUGUUAUUUGUCAAGUAGUUUGCUGUAAAUAUGUAUAAAGACUGAGAAUAUAAACCAUAUUUUGUAAUUAUUUUAAAUCAAACUCACUAAAAAAUAUAUAUUUUAUUUUGACUAAAUGACUUCUGUAAAUAUUGGAAUGUAAUGAAUAUUUGUCAUAAAGGUCUUGCUGCUAAGUAUCUGAAAAAGCCUCAGGUAAAUGUUACAUGUUUUAAGCUGUGUAUUUAAUGCUAACUUUAUCUCUUUAAUUGAUUUGUUAAACACCAUAGGUUCUAAUAAAUAUACUGGUACUUGA